UUAAGGCGCCUGGCCUUUGCUUUCUAGGGAAUACCACAACCAAGCAAGUGGGCCCUCCUUGGCCUCGAUCAAUUCAAGACAUUCUGCCAAAAUGCUCCUGCUGUUGCUCAGGAUCAUUGUGCUGCACGUGUCAGUGCUUGUCCUUCUCUUCGUGUCAACGAUUGUCAGUCAAUGGCUCACUAGUGGUGUGUGUGUGACGGACCUUUGGCAGAACUGCACCUUGGGAUCACUCUCAGAUGUAUUUCAUUGUACACAGUCAUCUCCAAAUGAAUGGUUACAAUCUGUCCAAGCAUCGAUGAUCCUAUUCAUCAUCUUCAGUGUUUUGUCUUUGUUCCUGUUCUUCUGCCAGCUCUUCACUCUCACUAAGGGCGGAUGGUUCUACCUUACUGGCAUUUUCCAGAUUCUUGCAGGCCUGAGUGUGAUGAGUGGAUCUGCCAUCUUCACCAUGAGGCAGUCAGACUGGCAUCAGCCUUCAGAGAACCUCUCCUUCAGCUUCUCGUACAUCCUGGCCUGGGUGGCCCUCCUGCUGGCCCUCCUUAGUGGGGUGAUUUAUGUCAUUUUGAGGAAGCAUGAAUGA